AAGGGUCAGGGCAGCUGUACUGUUAAACGCGUCCUUCGUUUCCAUGGCGGCGAAGACAGCAAUGUAAAGCAGUGCGCAGUCACUGCUUCCGAGGUGUGGGAUAAAGAUUCUGCUGCUAGCUUGUCUUUUCUGAUUACUUUUCCAAAAUGCUUUCAGUUCGAUUCUCUAAUAUUGUCACCUCAUUAUUCCUGGACACUGGGAUUAAAAGUAGCAUCGUUAAAUUGGAGCUACCAAGAGAACUUGCCAACCGGGUUUUAUUUCUGGACUCCUCUGAUCGUCAGCUACUAACCAUCCCAUCAGAUAUUCUGGAGCUGGAGGAGUUGGAGGAACUGCACUUGGAGAAGAACUUAAUCCAGACCAUCCCUAGCGAGAUCAAACUUCUCCAGAAUCUCAAAGUCCUUUACCUGCAUGACAACAACAUAGAGCACCUGUGUGAUGAGCUGAGUGAGCUGAAAAACUUAUUAAGUCUAGAUCUGAGCAAUAAUCCUCUGACCCGUGCUGCUGGCUCGCUUUGGGUUGUGAGCAGACUGCGGUCUCUCCGUGAGCUGAGACUCUACAACCUGAACCUGGGGGAGCUGCCUGUCCAGAUCUGCAAAAACAAUUACAACCUGGAGCUGAUGGGUCUGUCUGGGAAUGAUCUUGUGUUGCUGCCCAGCGAGAUGACAAACAUGACUAAGCUUCGAGAAAUCUACUUGCAGAGGAACCGAUUUGAGAUGCUACCUAGUGUCCUCUGCCAGCUUCCUGACUUACAAAUAGUAGACUUGGAGCAGAAUGCCCUGGGGGCUAUACCAGACGAGAUUGCAUCUCUGCAAAAACUUAAGAAACUCUUCCUAGCCUCCAACAGCCUUGCAUUGCUCCCCGAUUCUCUUUUCAAAUGUACCAACUUAAUAGUCCUUGAUGUCACCAAUAACCAGCUGAGAAAAUUACCUCGUAGCCUGUCUGCGCUAACGGGUCUUGUUGAACUGGGACUGUCUAAUAACAAACUUUGUGUGUUUCCACCCAUGCUUGGCAAGGUGGUGUCACUGCAGGUGCUCUACUUGAAAAACACAGGGCUGAGGACUCUGCAUUCUCGGUGUGCUAACUUAACAGAGAUACGGCUCCUCGACCUCAGCCAAAACAAGUUCAGUACGUUUCCUGCAGAGAUCUGUUCUCUGGUCAAUUUAGAGGUGCUGUCUUUGGAUGACAACAGAUUACAUGAGAUACCUGCUGAAGUUAAGAAUCUCUCCAACCUGAAAUGUUUAGGGCUAACCGGCAAUCGGUUUGUCCAUUUCCCGGAAGAGAUUUGUUUUCUUGCAUCUUUGGAGAAGCUGUACCUGGGACAGGAUCAGGGGUUCAAGCUCACAGCUGUGCACAAGAGCAUUGGUCUGCUCCAGAAUCUGAGAGAGCUUUACCUGGAAAACAACAUAUUUGAGAUGCUUCCUGCAACAAUUGGUCUCUUAAAGAAUUUAGAGAUCCUGGAUUGUCAUAACAACCAGCUCUUGGAGUUACCAAAUUCUAUCUGCAAUUUACAAGGUUUGAAGAAGUUCUUCCUCCAGUGUAACAGGCUGACCUGCCUCCCAGAUGAUCUGGACAGGCUGCCGACUCUGCAGGCUCUGACCCUGGAGGAGAACCCUCUCCAGGACCCCCCGCUGGAGGUCUGCACCCAGGGCAUUGCUGCCAUCAACAGGCACCUGCAGGAGAAGAGAAGGUGCAAGGCUCUGGCAACAAAUAUCCAGGCAUGGUGGCGAGGGCUGAUGGUGCGGAGGUAUUUGGGUCCCUUCAAAGAACUCAAGAAAGACAAAAAGAAAGGCAAAGGAAAGAAGGAUAACAUAGGGAAGAAAGGAUCGGCAAAGGGCAAGAAAAAGAAAUGAUUCUGCGUGAUACUGAAUGAAGAACCUGUGAAUAUAUUCCUGGCUGCACUGCAGUGAGUGGGAAUUGCAGUCCAUUUUGGAAAUGGGUUGGGGAAUGUUAAAAACUUGCAAAUAUAAAAUUCCCUGUCGCAUUUGCUGUUUGCUUGUUUAACAACAGUUCUGCACAAUCAUCUUUUAAUACAAAUCAUACAAUAAAGUGAAAAAAUAUUUUAAAAAAUUUCAAUCAAUUCAGGAAGUUGAUUUAAGAACUCCUACAUGUACCUUAACAGUUUCUUCACAGUUCUGUGACAUUAGCCAUUU